AUGUCACAAGGUUCUCUUCUCUCAAGAUCAACAUUUCCUCCAACACUUCUUAUGACUCCCAACUGGGCGGUACGCUUAGUUGCAACGGCCGCUUGCCGAACGCCGCCAAGACAGCUUUCACCGUUUCGAGCCAGAAUCAGAUCAUACUCGGCAUCGACCCCAACCACGACCCCGGAAUCCCAGGCUUGGAAAAACGGACCGUUGACCGGCGUCAAGGUGCUUGACCUUUCACGUGUGCUUGCUGCGUCAUUCUGCACCCAAAUCCUAGCAGACUACGGCGCCGAAGUCAUCAAAGUCGAAGAUGUCGGGAAAGGCGAGGGGACGCAAUGGAAAUCCGGCCUUGGACCCAUGUCCAACUAUUUUGUCGCCGUAAACCGCAACAAGCGUUCUAUCUGUCUAAAUCUUAAGGACGAACGGGGUAAAGAAGCCUUCCUCGAGCUGGUGAAAGGCGCCGAUGUGUUGGUGGAGAACAUGCGCCCGGGAGUGAUGGAGAAGCUCGGCAUCGACUACGGGGUCGUCCGAAAGUUGAAUCCUGGUAUCAUCUAUGCCAGUGUUUCAGGAUACGGGCCUACCGGACCAUAUGCCCUGCGCGCUGGGUACGACAUCAUUGCUGGUGCCGAGGGUGGCAUGCUACAUCUGACCGGCGAGCGCAACGGACCGCCAGUUCGCCCCGGACUUGGCCUGACAGACAUGUGUACUGGACUCUUCAUGCAUGGCGCUAUUAUAGCUGCUCUGUACACACGUCUACACACGGGGCGAGGCCAGAAGCUCGAUGGAUCCUUGUUCGAAACGCAAAUCGCGCUUCUCACCAAUGUGGCUUCGACCUGGCUCAAUGCAGGAAAGGAAGCGGAGCGGUGGGGAUCACAACAUCCCACCAUCGUUCCGUACGAUGCGUUCAAAUCGAAAGAUCUAUACUUUGUAUGCGGUGCCACCAACGACAAGCAAUUUCGGAUCCUCUGCGACGUGCUGGAUCUCAAAAGAUUGCCCGAGGAUCCACGUUUCGCCACCAAUGCCGCCCGUGUCAAGCACAGGGAUGACUUGACUCCCCUUCUAAAGGCCACCUUUGCUGGAAAGACAACCGAUGAGUGGAUGCAGAUAUUCGAAGGCAGUGGCUUGCCUUAUGCUCCCAUCAACACAAUGGCGAGAGUCUUCAGCCAUCCACAGACUCACGCCCGAGAAAUGGUCCACGAGAUGAAGUUCGAUGGUGCCAUAUCGGGGACGGUGUCAGUUUUGGGAUCCGCAGUCAAGUUCAGCGAGACACCGCCUACAAUCCGCCGGCAGCCACCCCUGCUCGGAGAACACAGCAGAGAGAUCCUCCAGGAGAUUGGUUAUACCGGCGAGAGAAUUGCUGAGCUUGUGGAUCAAAAAGUAAUAUGA